AUGUGCUGUCAUUGUGUCACAAACGCUAAUGCUAAAUUGCUAUAUUUUUCAUUAUUUGAAAAAGAUCAAUUCAAUUUUUCGAAACAAAUUAAAACAGCAUGUGAAUCUAUUGGAUUUUUUUUCUUGAAAAAUCAUGGAAUUGAAAGUGAAAGAAUUGAUUAUAUGUUUAAAAAUUCUCAAAAAUUUUUUGGUCUUUCACUUGAAGAGAAAUCCAAGUAUGCUAUAACAAGAGAGAAUAAAGGAUAUACUGCUAUUAAUCAAGAAACACUCGAUCCAGAUAACCAGAAAGUUGGGGAUUUCAAAGAAUCAUUUAACUUUGGAAAGAUUCAUAAUGGAAAAGCAGUACAAGAACUUCCUUUAAUAUUUGAAGAAAAUUUGAUAGAAUUAGAAUCUUUUAUCAAGUCUUGUCAUGGAUUAUGUAUGAAAAUACUACAAGCAUUUGCCAUUGCACUUGAAAUUAAUGAAACUGAAGGAGGAAGGUAUUGGUUUGAGAAAAAGCAUAGAUAUGAGGAAACAGUGGAUAUUUUAAGAAUUCUUCACUAUCCUCCUAUUUAUCAAGUAGGUUCUGAAGAUAUUCGCGCUGGAAGUCAUUCAGACUAUGGUUCAUUAACCAUCCUUUUUCAAAAAGAUAUUGGAGGUCUUGAAGUUCUGUCUACAGAUAUGAAUUGGAUAUCUGUCCCUGUUUUUCCAGAUUGUGUAUUAAUUAAUAUUGGCGAUUUAUUAGAAUUUUGGAGUCAAGGAUUAUUCAAAUCCACUAAGCAUCGUGUUGUCUGUCGCAAGGAAACUUUAAAUCUGGAUAGAUAUAGUAUUGCUUAUUUUUGUCAUGCUGAAAAUGACGUAAGAUUAGAUCGGAUUCCUAGCCGAUUUUUAGUUGAGAAUGGGAAAGGUGACAAUAAUAUGACUGCUGAAAAUAGAGUAAUUAUCGUUAUGCCUUCCGCAACAAGUUCUUGGUCAUCAAAUAGAAACUUUGGUGUAGUUAUAGAUGCUGGAAGCUCCGGUUCAAGAAUCCAAAUAUAUUCUUGGAAAGAACAUGGCUUCUCCCGAAAAGAUAAGGAUCCAAAGGAUCUCCACAUCUUGCCAACCAUUGAACGCGGAGAUGAGUUUGGGGUAAAAUGGCAAAAAAAGGUCGAACCAGGAAUUUCUUCGUUUGCUUUAAAUCCAACUCAAGUAGGCGAAAAACAUUUGAAAGAGUUAAUAGAUUUUGCAUUGGAAGUUGUUCCAUCAAAUGAGAUAUCAAAUACUCCAAUAUAUCUUCUCGCUACUGCUGGAAUGCGUUUGUUGCCUUCGCAACAGCAAACCGCUAUAUUACAAAGUGCAUGUGAUUAUAUAAUGUUUCAAAAUCGAUUUAAAAUGAUGGAGAAGUGUUCAGAUCAUGUUCAGGUCAUAUCAGGAGAAAAAGAAGGUUUAUAUGGUUGGAUUGCUGUGAAUUAUUUGAUGGGUGGAUUUGAAAAAGAUAAAGGAGACCAUAAAGUGAACAAUUCACAACAAUUAAAUCAAUUUCAUGAUAGUAAUUAUAGUAUAACUAAACAUACGACUACCUUUGGUUUUUUGGAUAUGGGUGGGGCUAGCACACAAAUUGCUUUUGAGCCUAAUUUGGAAGAAUCAAAGAAACAUGCAAACGAUUUGACCACAGUUCUUCUUUGGACUUUGGACGGUCAACAAAUGGAAUAUAAAGUAUUUGUGACCACAUUUUUGGGUUAUGGAACAAAUGAAGCACGUCGUCGUUAUAUCGAAUAUCGUAUUCAAAAUUAUACAUCUUCUCAUGAGAAAAUUGCAAAUCCUGAUAGUUCACGUGAACAACCUAACGUUUUGAUUAAAGAUCCUUGUUUACCAGUCGAUCUUCUCCUCACAGACACGACUUUACCACCUCCUUUUUAUACUCUUCAGGGAACUGGAAAUUUUGAACAUUGUUUAAAUUAUACCUAUCCAUUAUUAAAUAAAUCUGUUACAUGUUACGAUGAACCUUGUUUAUUUAAUGGUGUUCAUACUCCAAAUAUUGAUUUCACUGUUAAUAAUUUCAUUGGAAUAUCAGAAUACUGGUAUACUUCUCACGAUAUCUUUAAUUUAGGUGGUACAUGGGAUUAUAAAAAAUUUGAAACGAAAUCCACAGAUUAUUGUUCAAAUCAAUGGGACAAUAUCGUGAGUAAAUAUCAUAAGGAUGAUCGAAAUUUAAAAUCAUCCGAUUUACCUCGUUUGGAAAUGCAAUGUUUCAAAGCCGCAUGGCUAGUAAAUGUAUUACAUAAUGGAAUAGGUAUUCCAAAAUCCAUAGACUCUAAAAGUACAAUGGGAGAUUCACCUCUUUUUCAAAGCAUUGAUGUUAUAGAUAAUAUGCAAGUUAGUUGGACUCUUGGUAAAAUGGUUUUAGAAGCUUCAAGCACAAUACCUUUAACAUUAGAUGCACGUCCCAAACCACCACCAAAUCCUCAACAUCAUGGGAUAUUUGGUUAUUAUAAUUUCAUGGUAGAAUGGAUUAUUGGACUUUCAUCUUUAAUAAUACUUUUAAUUUUGAUAUGGUGUAUUUGUUCACGCAAGAAUGCACCAGCAAUAAGAAGAAGAUUAGAUUCUAUGUCUAUAUAUUCACGUUUCAUUUCAUUAAUUCGGUGGGAUGCGAAAGAUAGUGGUCCAGAUUACGGAAGACUAGAAGGUGGGCAAUACUCACCUUCAGUUGGAUUUUAUUGGAAAAUAGUAAAUAGUUUUUCUAGGAGUAUUAAAUAUAUUCGAUGGAAAUUUUUUCAGUUUAAUUCACCAUUCAGACGAGUUUUUUCAAAAAAAAGUGCAAAUUCUAGUGAAGAUAUAUCAUUAGUUCGAGUGGUUGAUAAUGAAGAAACGAUAAAUAUUAAUUCAUCACCUAUAAUUGAACCUUCAAAUACAGUUAUUGGUGUUCAAGAUAUACCUGUUAUUACACCUAUAAUUGAAAAAGGAUCGCUGAUUGAACAAAACCAAAGUUAUUUUUCACGACUUCUUGAAAAAAAGCGACUUAGUGGUGAUAGUGCUAUAGAAGGUGGACCUUUAGAUUUUACUCAUGCUUUUUCCACCCCCAUUAAUUUAUCGCUAACUGGACUACAGCCACGUAACAGUAGCAUGACUAACCUUGGAAAAUCCAAAGAACGAACAGUUGUUAACGUUAGUAAUAUUGGCGUAGGACAAUCUGGAUCCAACGGUGGACAUAUUAAUGAUAUAAAUAAUGGGAUAACUGUUUCUAAUACACCAAGUUGUUUAUUAGCUUACAAAUCAAGAUCAACAACAUCACUCGGUUGGAUGGAUGAAAGCAAUCAUAUAAGUGAAGGGAUGGUUGAAUAUGAAGCAACAGAUUCAUCAGGAACUAUAACAUCUUCUAAACAGAAUUUAAAAUUAGGAUCAUCUAUAAGCGAAACAGAACCAGCAAAAUGGUAUUCCACUUCAAUGUUAGCGAGAUCAUAUUCUCUCCCAGUAACAUCAACACGUCAAAAAUAA